UACGCAUGCGCGUUUAGGCCUGAUAUGGCGUACGGUCAAAGAAAAUUAUCGUGAGGGCGAAAGGAAGAUUGAAUUUUUUGUGUAAGAUACAUUAGUUGUUGACGAAAAAGACAUCGAAUAACAUAAUGACUCAAAGACCAAAGUUUCGAGCAGCUUCGGAGAUUUGUGCAGACUGCAGUGCACCGGGUCCUGAAUGGUCUUCAAUAAACAGAGGUGUCCUAAUCUGUGAUGAAUGCUGCAGUGUGCAUAGAAGUCUUGGCCGUCAUGUAUCACAAGUUAGACAUCUCAGACUUGCCCCAUGGAACCCUUCUUUGCUAGCGAUGGUCAGAAACUUAGUUAACAAUGGAGCUAAUUUGAUUUGGGAGCAUUCAUUGUCUGACCCAGGACAGAUGAAAAGUGGAAUAAGAAAGCCUAACCCAAAGGAUGCAGUCCACCCUGUGAAAUACAACUUCAUUAAAGCAAAAUAUGAAAUGCUGUCUUUUGUUCAUCAACUUCCAAUAUCAGAUGAUUUGUCAAUUACAAACUUAAGCAAGCAAUUAUAUUCUGCAUCCAGAACUGGAAAUCUAGAAACAUCAUUGAGGCUUAUAUCCUAUGGAGCUCAAACAAAUUUUUUUCAUACGGAUAUGGGCAAUAGCCCACUUCAUGCUGCAGCAAAGGCAGGUCAGGCCACUCAGGUUGAGCUCUUGAUUGUCAAUGGUGCAGACCCAAGUGCUUUAGAUUCAAAUGGCAAAACAGCUGCUGAGGUUGCAAUGGAGGAAGGUCACACAGAAAUUGGCUAUCGAAUCAUCGAACACAUGUACGAGUUGACUGAUAGGCUUACAUUUUACCUUUGUGGCCGAAGACCAGAUCACAAAAAUUCCAUUAAUUACUUCAUCCCAGCGCUGGCAGACAGGGGACUGGAAACCACUCCAUUUGCUCAAGAAGCAAGGUUGAAACUAGAAUCGUUGACUGAUCGACUGUUUGAAGAGCUUGCAUCAGAUGUGUACGAUGAAGUUGAUAGACGAGAGAACGAUGCAGUUUGGCUGGCAACGCAACAUCAUCGAAAAUUCGUUUCUGAUCACACCACGGUGCCUUUUCUUCCCGUCAAUCCUGCUUUUACGGCUACUCGUAAUCAGGGUAGGCAGAAGUUAGCUCGUUUCACGGGGCCUGAAUUUACGACCCUCAUUAUUGAUAUUCUAAAUGAUGCGAGAAGGAGAGAAAUGGCAAGCUGUGGAAAAUCAACAGCAGGAAUCGUGGAAUCAAAAACCGACCACGAUUAUGAUGAGCCAGAACAUGAAUACGACGAGGUUGGGAUUGAUGACGAUGUGUUGAAAGAGUUAUCCAAAAUGGGCGAAAAUCACACAAAUAUGAUGAAAGGAACCUCAAAAUCUGGGUCAAUUGACAAGGAGCCUGGUAGCACAUCUUCUGAUGGAACAGAUGGCCGUUAUGUCAGUAUCGAAGAGUACAACGGAUUGAAGAAACAAUACAAUGAUGCAGAAGAAAGGGCAAGCCACUUCCAAAAACUAAACGACACAUUAAACCAAGAGGUCAAUCUUCUGCGAAGUAUGGUACAAAAGCUGAUGCAAGAAAAUGCUUCACUCAGGACACAAGUCAAUCAGGCAGAAACAGACCGCGAUAAUGUGGAAAAACAAAUGAUCGAAAUGCAAGGGAAACUGAACGAGAUGGUGAUGUCGUCGAAGCCCGAAGAUACCGAUUCAGAUCAUGUCCGGAUCGAUAGCAUAUCUCCACAUCCGAACCCGGGCGUGUUCAGUUCAUUUAUCGACGAAUCUACGACACCACCGCUGGCUAACAGCUCGGACACUAAAAUACAAAACCCGUACGACAAUAUAAGUUACAUCGAUUCGACGCCAAGCACACCGUACGCAAAACCAAAUAAACAAGGUGCCUCAAGAAAGGACCGGUCCACGCUGUCCAGCAGCACAUCACAAAGAUCAAAUGGUCACAAUUACAGCCCUCAGGAUUACCCCGAAUCGUCUGAGGACUCGACCGCUUUCAUAACGGAAGAUGAGACCCCCCAGUCACCCCAGGCGGAAGAUCUGCCUACCCAAGAAUCGAUAGUCGAGGCGACAGAGCAAAUCACUAAGAAAAUACAAGAACUUCUUUUAGCAGCGCAAAGUGCCCAGCAUACUAGAUACAUACCUUGUGCUAGCAACAUUUCAACUGCAGUCAACGACAUGGCUAACCUAUUUCCUAAGCACCCCAAGGCAGAGAACGUACGGAGUGCGUUGCGUUUGAUGAUCACCAGUGCGGCGAGGUUACAAGUCGAAUGCCGAAGUAGCGUCUUACCCGAUCGCACUAUCGACGCCGCAAUGUUGACGCAGCAGGUGAUUCAGUGUGCUUACGACAUCGCAAAGGCGGCGAAGCAACUUGUUACGACGUACAACCAAGAUUAGAAUUCACAAUUUUGUAAUUAAAUGAAUAUAUAUAAAUUUAUGCUACAUUUUAUAGUGUAAUAGUUCUAAGUCGAUUUGAAAAUAUCCUCUGACGAUAAAAUAAGCAGGUGAACACAUUAUGAUUUCCACUACUGUUGCGCACUGCUAAUUUAACGCAUGAAUGAAUGGACAUUUUCUGAAUCGCCAUUGUUUAAAUUUGCCCAUUCUCAAAAGUGACAAUGUACAUUUUAUUCCAUAUUGUUUGAUGUUAUAAUUCGCUGCUCCUCUAGCGAGAAUUGGUCCCUGGAUGGUUUUUUAAAAAUGUUUUUCGCUUUUGAAAGACUUUUGAAAUAAAAAUGCCAACCUUUAGCAUUGCUUGAAAUGCAAUCGUUCCGCCCUAGCCAGUCCAAGUAAACUUGUUUUAUGUUGCCUAGCCCAGUCCCCUUUUUGUGUUGCCUAGUCCACUAUUUUUCUAAGGAAAGAAAAAAACAAACUUUUCUUGAUACACAUGUGAGAGACCACCAUGUGACCACAGUGCCCAAAAGCGCAUCAUGGAACCUUGCCAAGCCACCAUAAAUGCAUUUUUGUUCAUAGCAAAUGCUCUAUUUUCGAUUGUUGUUUAUUAUCAACAGAAAUGUUAUGAUAUCAGGUCAAUAAGGUUGCUGGUAAACUGGCUUUCUCCUUGUGUUUUGCUAAAUUUUCAGUUUGUGCAUCUCUGCACCACUCGGAAAUUUCAUCAAAUAACUGCUCACAUCAAAAUGGUAGCAUCAUUUGAAAAAAAUGUAUAAAGCUCCAUGACCCCUAGCCCAUAUUUUAUAGUUCUACUAAGCUGGUUUCUCGUUAAACCACAUUUGAAAGCCGUAAUUCACCGUCACUUUCUAAACUAUAUUUUAAAAUCUUCACCUCUAAGUAGCGGAAAUUUCAACCCAGCAUUUUUUUCUCGUUGUUUUUUUACAAACGAUGGAAAACGGAUACGCUCUAGAAUGUAAGCACUCUGGUCCCAUUUAUGUCUUUGGUAUGGACUUCCAUCGCACUAGCUUCUUUUCUGUCAAAUUUGUUGCAUCUUACUAGUCAUUUUGUAGUUGUCAUCGUUUCAAAUCAACAUUACGGUAUUUUUCGUUCAAAUUCACCCUUUUUUGCCAAUGAGAUAUAUAUAAACUUGUCUGGCAAAGAAAACCCCAUCAAAUCCAAAAGCACUCGCAUGAUCUUUCUUUUAGUCCAGAUACACAAAAAUGAUAAUUUAAACUUGUAGGCACGAGUAUUUGUGGUACUAUCAUGUUUAAUGUGUUAUUUCUGUAUGUUUAUUAAUUAUUUGUUGAUACUGAAAAUAUACACAACUUAUUUGUAGAUAUCAAGUAACUAGUUUUGUUCCGUUAAAUUGAUGUAAUCUUUACCGUAUUUUGAAAAUUACAUUUAUCACUAUCUUUCAUUGCAA